AAUAUACCCGAAGUAAGGUAAGCAAAUUAUCCACGAGUAAGAUAUCAAUGUUGGUGAGGAAGAGAUAAUUGGAGGAGAGAUGAACGUUCAAAAGAGUGGAGGAUUUAAAAGCUGUGAAGGUAAAAGGAAGCGGACAGCUCCAAAAGUAAAGAAGAUGGACACAGAACAGAGUGAUAGAAUGGUGCCUUCCCAGAAAGAUGUAGCCACUGAGGUAAGAUCUGUGGGUGGAAAGUUCAUCAAAGAGGAAACUAUAGUGAGCACAGAGAAGCAAAAAGCAAAAUACACCACUGUCACCAGCAUGGGAACCCAGACUGAAGAAGGAAACACAAAAGAGGAAGUAGUGGAGGAGAAGGUUUGGAAGAAAGAUGCAAUUAGCUGCAAUUGGGAAACAGGGAAAGACUGCAGAAGAAAGAGGAUGAAAAACAAGGCUGUUGGGCUAGAUGAGAGCAGCAUGGAAUAUGAUGUGACCACUAAGAGAGAAGUGAUGGAUGCAGAGGAGACAGUUAUAAAAGUAAAAAGGGAAAAGACAUCCAAAAGAACGAUGGCAGAAGAAAGUGAGAUUAAUGAGCUGCUCACUGGGGGAAAUGCUUCUGGUCAUAAAACAAGGAAAAGGAAGAAGCAGAGGGCAGACAGAGCCAGCAAGGGGCUGGAGCAUGACACACGUGGAGUGAAAGAGAAUACUAUGGAAAGCAAGGUCAGGGCCAAGGAACGUGGCUUAGGAGGUGCGGAAAAUCCAAGCAGAAGUGCGGAGGACGAGAGGAGGUGCCUGGGGAGGGAGUGGGGAUGGUGCGAAGCGCUCACACCAGUACAGGGGCCCAGAGAGAGAGACGUUAUGGGGAAAAGAGGCAGCGAGGCAGCAGAGGCAGAGUGGGAUGAUGCAGAGCGCUGGAGGCCGAGACGAAGCCAGGAGAACGUGGCAGGAACAGCCGCAGACAGGGCAGAUGAGCGUCUCCUGAAGAAGAGGAAGAAGUGGCCUGAGAGGGGUCUGGUGGAGACCAGAGCAGCAGAGGAGAAAGUGAAAAUGCAUAAAAUCCUUUUAGAGUUGCCAACCUCACAUGCAGAAGUGGUCUUUCUAUCAGAGAAGCUGGGAAACCGGGAUGAAGUUGUCAUUGAUCAGGCCCGACGACUAGCCCUGCAGAGGGAGAUUGACCUAGCAUCCUGCUAGACGUUCCAAGCUAAACGGAACAAAUUCACCCUGGAUCUCUGGGUGUGCCAAACACAUCAGUGCACAAUAAGGACCCUGCGGCGGCAGUCUGGCUCACAGCCAUUAGCAGUAAGAGAGAGAUGUGCUCCAUUGCUGCUGGGAGAUGGUGAGCUGCAGUGUUGAGUAUUCUGGCUCGACCACUGAAGGACCUCCAGUUCUACAAAAAGUUCUACAAAAGCCUAGCUGCUUGUUCUGCCUGACGUUCACUUCUCUCAGACGUGGCCGGUAGCUGAGUGUGAGACCCCCGGAGAAUGUGCUUCUUCCACAGCCCAGCCUAAGCUCCGUGCAUCCUAUUCCUGGUGGAUUUUUAAUAUUUUUAAAAUGGUCAUAAUGGACUUACAGCUCUCUUGUAAAUUCUGACAGAUUCCAGCGGCAAAAAUGUCAAUGUCUACCUGUGAAAGUAAAUCUUUGGUUAUCAAAACA